UCCGUCAGAGCCCGGGAGACACUGUCGCACCCAGCUCACGGGGACAGCGGCGAUGCGUCAGGACAUGGAGGUAUGGAAGCAGGUGUUCCAGGAAUUAAUCCAGGAGGUGAAACCACGGCACACAUGGGAACUGAAACUAGACAAAAGCCUUCUUCCUAACAUCCUGAAGCCAGGGUGGACACAAUACCAGCAGUGGGCCUUUGCUAGGUUCCAGUGUUCUUCAUGCUCUCGAAAUUGGGCCUCUGCCCAAGUUCAGGUCCUUUUCCACAUGCACUGGAGCGAGGGGGAAUCCAGGGGCCAGGUGAAGAUGAGGGUCUUUGCCCAGAGAUGUCAGAAGUGCUCCCAGCCUUCGUUUGAGAUUCCCGAGUUCACAGAAAAGAACAUCUCAAGGAUCCUGAACAACCUGGUAUUGCAAAUUCUGAAGAAAUGCUAUAGAGAAGGAUUUACGUUGGUGAAGAUUCCUAUGAUCAAGGAAAUCUCUCUUGAAGGGCCACAUGACAGUGACAAUUGCGAGGCAUGUCUGCAGGGCUUUUGUGUGCAGAGUGAGUUAGGUCUGGCCAUGCGGUCACCAAUAUCCCCAUUACCUCCCACAGUAAGCUCACCCAUCCUCGGGAUCACCACCACCGAAAUACCUUCUUCCACGAGGAGUAUCACCAGAGGGGAUGCAGUGAAGAAAAAGAAGGUAUUACCCAGACAGUCGUUCCCUGAGACCACACAAGCUGAGAGACUCCCCAUUUUCUGGAGCCCGAGAGCAAACAUCAACUUCCAGGCAGAGAGAAGAGACCAGAACUCCUUCAACAAUUGCACUUUCUAUUCCCACAUAGCCCGGCAUACCAGGAGCUCAGGCAUGAGCUGCUGCUGUCUCAUCCUAAUAAUCAUCAUUGUAAUUGUGGUAAAAACCACUAUCUGAGCCUGGAAAACAUGAUGCUGAGUUAAAAAAAUCAGACACGCAGUCAUCUAUCGUAUAAUCCCACUGAUGCAAAAUAUUCAGAAUAGGUAAGUCUAGAGAUGGCAAGUAGAUUUGUGGCUGCCAAACAAGGGACUUGGGGGACAGGGGAAGUCGGGAGCAACUAUUUAAUCUGUAUGGGGGUUUUUUUGGGGGGGAUGAAAAUAUUUUAGAGGUGAUGGUUGCACAAGACUGUGAAUGCACCAAAUGCCAUUUAUUUGUUCACUUUAAGAUGGUUAAUUUAAUGUAAAUUUCACCUCAAUUUAAAAAGAAAAGAACGUUGCAAUUUCAUUCAUUCUCUAGAGAACUGAGACUGAGGAGUUUAUGGCUCACAGAACUGUUUGGAAAUCUUAGGUAACCCGGGGGCCCUCUCCCCAGACGAUUUUGCACAGACCUCCUGAUGUCAAUCUGUGGAGACAUUUGCCAUCCAAAGCAUUAGUCUGAAAAGCCGGGUUCUAGAGCAGUGGUCUCCACCGAGGAGCUACACACAGCUGAGUGCUGAGGCAAGACCAUCCGCCAAGGUGGGGAGAUAUCCUUACAACUCCAUUUAAUUUUUGUUUGUACUUAACUAUUUCUUGUCACAUGUUUUAUCAUGUAUGUUACUAUAUUAGUAGAAUGGUAUAGUGACAUGAUGAAUAAAUACACACCCAUUUGGAGUGGGUGUUCAGUUUCUCAUUGACAGGGUUGCAAAAUCAAAAACGUCAUUACAGGGGGACCCUGUUCUGAAGGACCAAGGGUGGAAGUCUGUCCAUGGAUUCUCUCCAGGAUUCUGAGACCAAGUUGCUUUCUACACAAGUUUUCUGUUCUGAUUAAUGAGAAUAAUUUUAAGACUCAUUCUCACAUCUUUUUUAUCUAGAAAUAGGAAUCCUUCUGUAUAUGUAGCUAAAAUGAAAGCAGUUGUCAUUUACAACAAAUGCUCCUUUUCACUCGCCCUUGUCUCCUUCUCAUCUGCCUGCCUCUCUCAUCAAUGACAGUGGUUCCUGAAAGCACAGGGUUGGUCUGGCUGAGCCCUAGCCUGCAGGCUGCUCCUGCUGGGACAGUCUCUAGAACUUUUUCAUUUUGCAAAACUGAAACUCUGUAGCCAUUAAACAACAACUCCCCUUUUCUCCCUCCCCCUAGGCCCUACUAACUAUCAUUCUUCUUCCUGUUUGUAUGAACCUGCCUACUUUAGAUACCUCAUACAUGUAGAAUUAUAUAGUGUUUGUCUUCUGGUUAACUGGCUUAUUUCACUUAGUAUAAUGUCCUCAAGGUUCAUCCAUGUUGUAGCACGUGACAGGAUUUCCUUCCUUUUGGGGACUGAAUAAUAUUCCACUGUAUGUAUGUACCACAUCCAGUCAUCCAUUGAUAGACGCUUGGGUUGCUUCCACCUUUUGGCUAUUGUGAGUAGUGCUGCUGUGAACAUGGGUGUACAAUUAUCUCUUUGAGACUCUGCUUGCAACUUUUUUGGCUAUAUACUCAGAAGUGGAAUUGCAAGAUCAUAUGGUAAUUCUACUUUAAUUUUUUGAGGAACUGCCAUAACGUUUUCUACAGCAGCUGCACCGUUUUACAGUCCCACCAUGAGGAUUCCAAUUUCCUCACAUUCUAACCAACACUUAUUUCCUGU